AUGUGGAUGUUUUCUGCUGUACUCAGUGCGUCAGAGGAGGAGGAGACAGAGGAGGAGGAGACAGAGGAGGACACAGAGGAGGAGGAGACAGAGGAGGACACAGAGGAGGAGACAGAGGAGGAGGAGACAGAGGAGGAGACAGAGGAGGAGACAGAGGAGGAGACAGAGGAGGAGGAGACAGAGGAGGAGGAGACAGAGGAGGAGACAGAGGAGAACACAGAGGAGGACACAGAGGAGGAGGAGACAGAGGAGGAGGAGACAAAGGAGUACCACCGUGCCGCUGCGGAGGAGGAGACAGAGGAGGAGACAGAGGAGGAGACAGAGGAGGAGACAGAGGAGGAGGAGACAGAGGAGGAGGAGACAGGGGAGGACACAGAGGAGGAGGAGACAGAGGAGGAGGAGACAGAGGAGGACACAGAGGAGGAGGAGACAGAGGAGGAGACAGAGGAGGAGACAGAGGAAGAGACAGAGGAGGAGGAGACAGAGGAGGAGACAGAGGAAGAGACAGAGGAGGAGGAGACAGAGGAGGAGACAGAGGAGGAGACAGAGGAGGAGACAGAGGAGGAGGAGACAGAGGAGGACACAGAGGAGGAGGAGACAGAGGAGGAGACAGAGGAGGAGGAGACAGAGGAGGAGACAGAGGAGGAGGAGACAGAGGACGAGGAGACCGAGGAGGAGGAGACAGAGGAAGAGAGAGAGAAGGAGACAGAGGAGGAGACAGAGGAGGAGACCGAGGAGGAGGAGACAGAGGAGGAGACAGAAGAGGAGACCGAGGAGGAGGAGACAGAGGAGGAGACAGAGGAGGAGACAGAGGAGGAGACAGAGGAAGAGACAGAGGAGGACACAGAGGAGGAGGACACAGAGGAGGAGGAGACAGAGGAGGAGGAGACAGAAGAGGAGACAGAGGAGGACGGGAGGAGACAGAGGAUGAACCACACGGUGACGGAGGAGGUGAUGGAGGAGGUGAUGGAGGAGGAGAUGGAGGAGGUGAUGGAGGUGAUGGAGGAGGUGAUGGAGGAGGAGAUGGAGGAGGUGAUGGAGGAGGUGAUGGAGGAGGAGAUGGAGGAGGUGAUGGAGGAGGUGAUGGAGGAGGUGAUGGAGGAGGAGAUGGAGGAGGUGAUGGAGGAGGUGAUGGAGGAGGUGAUGGAGGAGGAGAUGGAGGAGGUGAUGGAGGAGGAGAUGGAGGAGGUGAUGGAGGAGGUGAUGGAGGAGGUGAUGGAGGAGGAGAUGGAGGAGGUGAUGGAGGAGGAGAUGGAGGAGGUGAAGGAGGAGGUGAUGGAGGAGGUGAUGGAGGAGGUGAUGGUGGAGGUGAUGGAGGAGGUGAUGGACUCGAUGAUGGCCGUGUAG